CUGCCCUGGGUUCGCCCUGCCCGGGUGGCGGCGAGGUGCGCGGAGCCACCGCAGAUAGGUGCGGGGACAGCGCGCAGGAACCGCCGCAGAAAGGUUUCUUCUGAAUUCACUGCGCAGAAGUUACCUGUCCCCGUGGGGCUGCUUUAGCAUGCCGUGGAAUCACGACAGCUGUGAAGUCCCUCGCUAGCAGUGGAGAAUGAAUAUUUACUGUGCCAGAAAGCUGGUGUAAAUGACUGCUGCUGCCUCCCGGAGCAAGAUAACCUGCUCAGUCAGCUGGAGCCCCCUGCGGACAGCUGUCUUGCUUUUAGCUGAUGGAAAACUGCUACUAACCGUUGAAUGGAAGAGUGUGGAGCAGCGACCAUACUAGCAGCAGCCCCCGUCACCGCCGCUGCAGCAGCAAGAGCGAGCAAGGACUCUAUUGUUCCCUGGUGUUAAACAGUUUUUCCUUUCCAACUGCCAUGCACAAUAGCGGGAGAGAGGUUUCCAGUCCCCUUCUCCCCGUGAAGAAAUUCUGAAGAGGGGAAUAUUAUUCGAAGAAGGUUUCGCGGUUGUGCUGCAGGUUUUGGAGGUGGCAGCAGGCUGCUGGAGGCAUGGGGUUGAGCGAGGGGAGCGCUGCUUUCUGCCGUGGUCCAGGGGUUUCCACCGUGCCAGCCCGGCGCGUGGGAGUUCUUGUGCUUCUGCUGCUGGGAAUCUGGGAUGCUCGAGCACAAAGUGAAUUUCAAACUUCAUCGGUGUAUUUGUGGAAGACCGGUCCGUGGGGGAGAUGCAUGGGAGAUGAAUGCGGUCCAGGUGGCAUCCAGACGCGAGCGGUGUGGUGUGCCCAUGUGGAGGGCUGGACCACGCUGCCCACGAACUGCAAGCAGCCGGAGCGGCCGGACAACCAGCAGAGCUGUUUUCGGGUCUGUGACUGGCACAAGGAGCUGUAUGACUGGCAGAUCGGUAGCUGGAACCAGUGCCAGCCUGUCCUCUCCCGCAGCCACGAGAAGCCCCUGGAGUGCCUCAGAGGGGAGGAAGGGAUCCAGACAAGGGACAUCACCUGUAUCCAGAAGUCCAAUGGGGUGCCGGCUGAGGAUGUCAUCUGUGAGUACUUUGAGCCGAAGCCCCGCCAGGAGCAGGCGUGCCUCAUCCCGUGCCGGCAGGACUGCAUCGUGGCCGAAUUUGCCCCCUGGUCAGAGUGCUCCAAGACCUGCGGCAACGGGCUUCAGCAUCGAACUCGGCAUGUUGUCGCUCCACCGCAGUUCGGUGGGUCAGCUUGUCCUAACCUCACCGAGUUUCAGAUCUGUCAGUCUAGCCCAUGUGCUGCUGAAGAAAGCCUGUAUAGCCUAAAUGUGGGACCCUGGAGCGCAUGCUCAGUGCCCCAUUCGAGACAAAUAAGGCAAGUGAGGAAACGAGGGAAAAACAAAGACAAGGAAAAGGACAGAGAAAAGGCAGUUCGGGAUCCCGAGGCUCGUGAGUUAAUUAAGAAGAAGAGGAAUCGAAACAGACAGAAUAGACAGGAGAACAAAUAUUGGGACAUACAAAUUGGGUACCAAACCAGGCAGGUCACAUGUACUCACAGAAACGGGAAAACUGCUGCUCUGAGCUUCUGCAAACAAGACAAGUUGCCCAUUACGUUCCAGUCCUGUGUGAUCACGAAGGAGUGCCACGUGUCAGAGUGGUCAGAAUGGACCCCCUGCUCCAAAACCUGCUUUGACAUGACAACCCCUAAAGGGAAUCGUACAAGAUCACGGACCAUUAAACAGCUCCCUGUCGGCAGUGAAAGUGAAUGUCCGCAAUUAGAAGAAACAGAGCAGUGUGUUUCUCAAGGAGAUGGUGUGGCACCGUGCAUUACGUACGGUUGGCGGACCACAGAGUGGACAGAAUGCCGUGUCGAUCCUCUCCUUAGCCAACAGGACAAGAGGCGAGGAAAUCAGACGGUGCUGUGUGGAGGUGGCAUUCAAACCCGGGAAACGUACUGCGUGCAAGCUAAUGAAAAUCUCCUUUCCUAUUUAAAUACCCUCAAGGAAAAAGAAGCCUCGAGGCCGGUAGACCGUAGGCUGUGUACGGGACCUCUGCCCAGCACCUCCCAGCUGUGCCAUAUCCCCUGUCCUACAGAGUGUGAGACCUCAGCAUGGUCAGCCUGGGGACCAUGCACCUAUGAAAGCUGUGAAGACCCUCAGGCUAAGAAGGGAUUUAAACUAAGGAAACGACGCAUCACCAAUGAGCCUACAGGAGGAAUGGGAAACUGCCCUCACCUGCUGGAAGCCAUCCCAUGUGAAGAGCCCUCCUGCUAUGACUGGAGAAUUGUGGGGCUGGAGGAGUGCAUUCCUGACAAUGAGAAACCGUGUGGCCCUGGUACGCAGGUUCCUGUUGUCGUCUGCGUCAACAGUGAUGGAGAAGAGGUUGACAGACAGCUGUGUAGAGAUGCUAUCUACCCAAUCCCGGUUGUCUGCGAAGCUCCGUGCCCAAAGGACUGUGUGCUCAGCAUGUGGUCCGCAUGGUCCUCCUGCUCACACACCUGCUCCGGCAAAACCACAGAAGGGAAGCAGAUGCGUGCCCGCUCCAUUCUGGCGUAUGCAGGUGAAGGAGGAAUACAGUGCCCAAAUAGUAGUGCCCUACAGGAAACGCGCAGCUGUAACGAACACUCUUGCACUGUGUAUCAUUGGCAGACCGGCCCGUGGGGACAGUGCAUAGAGGAUACGUCUGUCUCUGCUUUCAACUCCUCUGCCAGCUGGAACGGGGAGGCCACCUGUUCCGUGGGGAUGCAGACAAGAAAGGUCAUCUGUGUGAGAGUCAACGUGGGACAAGUGGGCCCAAAAAAAUGCCCUGAGAGCCUCCGACCAGAAACAGUGAGACCAUGUCUGCUUCCCUGUAGGAAGGACUGUAUUGUGACUCCAUUCAGUGACUGGACAUUGUGUCCUUCUUCAUGUCAAGAAGGAGGUGUCACAGUAAAAAAGCAGUCUCGUCAUCGAGUCAUCAUCCAGCUCCCCGCCAACGGUGGUCGUGAGUGCCCGGACUCCUUGUUUGAGGAAAAGGAAUGUGAAGCUUCUCCUGUCUGCUAUAGCUACAGGUGGAAGACCCACAAGUGGCGCCGGUGCCAGCUAGUACCAUGGUAUGUGCGCCAAGACAGUCCAGGAGCACAUGAGACUUGUGGACCUGGGCUACAAGCAAGAGCAAUUACUUGUCGCAGACAAGACGGAGGACAGGCUGACAUCAGUGAGUGCCUUAAAUACUCUGGCCCAUUACCAUCCUUAACACAGACAUGCCAGAUUCCCUGCCAAGAUGACUGUCAGUUUACCAACUGGUCAAAGUUUUCUUCCUGUAAUGGGGACUGUGGAGGAGUCAGGACAAGAAAACGCACUCUUGUCGGAAAAAGUAAGAAAAGGGAUAAAUGCAAAAAUUCUCAGUUGUACCCUCUGAUUGAGAAUCAGUUUUGUCCGUGUGACAAGUACAGUGCUCAGCCUGUGGGAAAUUGGUCAGACUGUAUUUUACCAGAGGGAAAGCUGGAAGUAUUGCUGGGAAUGAAGGUACAAGGAGACAUUAAAGAAUGUGGACAAGGCUAUCGUUACCAGGCCAUGGCAUGCUAUGACCAAAACAAUCGACUUGUGGAAACAUCACGAUGCAACAGUCACGGUUAUAUUGAGGAAGCCUGUAUUAUUCCAUGUCCCUCAGACUGCAAGCUCAGUGAGUGGUCCAACUGGUCUCGCUGUAGUAAAUCCUGUGGGAGUGGGGUAAAAGUUCGGUCUAAAUGGCUCCGUGAAAAACCCUACAAUGGUGGAAGACCCUGUCCAAAGCUGGAUCACGUCAAUCAGGCUCAGGUAUAUGAAGUAGUCCCCUGCCACAGCGACUGCAGCCAGUACGCAUGGGUUACUGAGCCCUGGAGCGUCUGUAAGGUGACCAAUGUGGACUUAAAAGAGAACUGUGGAGAAGGUGUUCAGACGAGGAAAGUCAGGUGCAUGCUAAAUACUGUGGAUGGUCCUUCUGACACUGUAGAGGACUAUCUGUGUGAUCCUGAAGAGAUGCCACUUGGGGCUAGAAAAUGCACGUUACCAUGUCCUGAGGACUGUGUUAUGUCUGAAUGGGGAUCAUGGUCUCGAUGUUCUUUGCCAUGCAAUGGAAGUAGUGUUCGUGAAAGGUCAGCAGAAUCCCUGAGACAACCAGAUGAUGGAAAGUCUUGUCCUCCUGCCAUCGAGACAGAAGUCUGCACUUUGAACAAAAACUGCUACCAUUAUGACUACAAUGUGACAGACUGGAGCACAUGUCAGCUCAGCGAGAAGGCUGUGUGUGGUAAUGGUAUCAAAACACGGAUGCUCGAUUGUGUUCGCAGUGAUGGCAAAUCAGUCGACCUGAAGUACUGUGAGGAGCUUGGUUUGGAGAAGACAUGGCAAAUGAAUACGUCCUGUGUGGUAGAAUGUCCUGUGAACUGUCAGCUUUCUGACUGGUCCCCUUGGUCUGAGUGCUCUCAAACAUGUGGCCUUACAGGAAAAAUGAUCAGAAGAAGAACCAUAAAUCAGCCAUUUCAGGGUGAUGGGAGGCCUUGUCCCUCGCAGAUGGAGCAAUUCAAACCCUGUCCAGUAAAACCUUGUUAUCGAUGGCAAUAUGGUCAAUGGUCUGCAUGCAAAGUAGAGGAUGCUCAAUGUGGAGAGGGAACACGAGUGAGGAACAUUUCUUGUGUGGUUUUUGACGGAUCCAUUGAAGACGUUGGCAAAGUAGUAGAUGAGGAAUUCUGUGGAGAAAUAGAGCCUAUUAUAGAUGGCAAUAAGAAGAUAAUACUUGAGGAAACGUGCACUGUCCCUUGUCCAGGGGACUGUUACUUGAGAGAGUGGUCAGAAUGGAGCCUUUGUCAGUUAACCUGUGUUAAUGGUGAGGACCUCGGCUUUGGAGGGAUACAAGUCCGAUCUCGGGCAGUGAUCAUUCAGGAAUUAGAGAAUCAACAUCUCUGUCCAGAACAGGCUUUGGAAACAAGACCAUGCAAUGAUGGCCAGUGCUAUGAAUACAAGUGGAUGGCUAGCCCAUGGAAGGGAUCUUCGCGAACCGUGUGGUGCCAAAGGUCAGAUGGUUUAAACGUCACAGGGGGCUGUUUAGUGAUGCGCCAACCAGACGCUGACAGGUCAUGUAACCCACCGUGCAGUCAACCCCACGCUUACUGCAGUGAGACUAGAACGUGCAGUUGUGAAGACGGAUACACUGAAGUUAUGUCCUCCGAUGGCACACUCGACCAGUGCACUCUCAUCCCAGUGGUGGUGAUCCCCACCAUGGAGGACAAAAAGGGAGAUGUGAAAACCAGUCGAGCUGUGAACCCUACCCAGCCCUCCAGUAACCAGUCAGGACGAGGAAGGACCUGGUUUCUACAGCCUUUUGGGCCAGAUGGGAGGCUGAAGACCUGGGUUUAUGGUGUAGCUGCUGGUGCAUUUGUUUUACUCAUCUUUAUUGUUUCUAUGAUCUAUCUAGCCUGCAAAAAGCCAAAGAAGCCCCAGAGAAGGCAGAACAACCGACUGAAACCUUUAACCUUGGCUUAUGAUGGAGAUGCAGAUAUGUAAAAUAUAACUUCUCAUGGUGACAAAUGGAGUCUAAAUUAAUGGAUUGAAAUCAGAAGGUAUCCAAAGCCACAGGGAUUUUCUAUGGAGUGGAUUAAAUGUUUUGAUUUUUUCUUUUUUGUAACUGCACCAUAGAUAAAGGAUGGAUUUCAUAAUGCCUAUGGAUAUUCAAGGUGUUAUUGCUUUACUUUAGACCAUCAGCACUGAGAAAUCUGGCAGAAUCACGUUAAUAGACACUGCAGUUGGAGAUUUGUGGUCUUUCCUCAAUCUUACAAACUAUAAGCACCACUUCUGUCUCCAGGAUACUGUAGCUGACAUAAUAUUAACAGCUGGAAGCCCCUGCAACAUUAACCAAGUAUAAUCAGUACGCAUGAAGAGUUUGUACCAAGCUGUCUAUGACUCUUUAUAUUCAAGCGUAACAUAUAUACUCAGCUGAACCAUAUGUAUUACUCUAUCAGAUUAUACACUUGUUAAAGAGCAUUUUAGUGCUUAGUACAAUAUUAACUUUUAACUGGGAUUAACCCACUGAGCAAGUUCAACAGUUUGCCAGUUGAUGAUAACUUGUGUUAACCUGCUUUUCAGAGGGCAAUGACUCACUUGCAAAAUUCUGUCCUGUUAUCACUCCAAAGUGUAAAGGCCUCCUGUGUACAUCCAGAAAGGAGGCAUUCUCAGAUUCAGUAUUUUCUAGCGGUUGCUGUCUGGAAAAAGAAUACCCAUUGUAAAUGUUACAAUACGUUUCUACUUUCUCUAACUCAGACUGUUGCCUGCAUCUUUUUUGCUACAUGCAAGGCAAAUUUUUGCACUAUAUUAGUGCAGCAUGAUAUGCACUUAACUAGUAUUGCCAUAGAAACUGCCUCUUUUCAGAAAGGAUGAUGAUGUGUCUUGUGCAAGGAGUGUCAAGUAGACAGGUCUUGGAUCCUGAAGAGAGUAGCGUUCGGUUUGGACUGCGACUGGAUGGAAUCGGCUAACGACGUGUACUGUACGCACCGUUCCUCGUCACAGCGGCCAUUUGUAGUCUAUAUCAUGGCAGUAAUACAAGUGUCUAGUUUCUUGCCCCAUCUACCUAUACUGGUAUAGAUUGUCCUGCUGGUUUCUAAUUGUACUUUGAAGGCUGUUUAUGACUAGAUUUUUUAUAUUUGUUAACUUUGUUAGAAAAAAAAAGAAAAGAAAAAGAAAAGUGGUUGCCCUGUGAUCCUGAGUGACAUACUUGCUAUCUGAAAAGGUAUUCUGAUUGUUCAACUGAAAUAAAAUGGUUGUGCUUUUUUUUUCCUUCCGCUAGUGAGAGCGUUUUCACUGUUGCUGACAGUGCAAUACUCAGAGCCCUUUGUCUUUUCUAAUUAGGACAUUCUUUUAAUUACUCAGUUAAACUCUUGAGUGUACUGGCAAGUAAACAAUAAGAUCAAUAGUUCUGCCAUUUUAAUACUCAUGACUUUUUUAAAAACUCUGGCAGUAUAAAAACUCACUGUUAACCUCUUCCAUGCUGACGGCUUUUCAGUGUUACGCUUCUGACAUGAAGUUCAUUGAUUUGCCAACGUAUCUACAUGCAUGUUACAGAUGUGAUUCGUGACCUGAGAAGGGUUAUUCUCAUGAAAUGGCUUCUAUGUGUAGCCCAGACAGAUGAGUGACUGUGCCACUACUAAGCAAUACAAAACUUUAAUAGGCAACCUCUCAAAAAUAAUUGUUAUAUAAUGUUCAAUAUUAGGUUCUCAGGUCUUUUUUAUAACCUAAACCAUUUCUGCCUACUUAUCACGCUCUUUACUCAAGAAGCACCAGUUUUGCACACUGAAUAAAACUGUAGCUUUGCAAACUUUGGCCCAGAUCCACUGAAAUCAAUGACAAGACUCUCGUGGACAUCAAUGGGUAACAUCGGUUCUUAAAAGCCACCUACUUUUAUUCCACGUAGAAUAAUUCUUGGAACCAAUGUGCAUUUUGUGAAUGUUCAAGAGAGAUUAUGGUCCUACUUUAAUUUAGCUAACUUAUAUUACCAGUGUGGUGCUACAGCAUCAAGAAAAUGACCUUCCUCCCACUGCGUAAGUAUUCCACAAACAGGAAUGAUGAGCAGAGAGGAUCAAUAGUAACAAUCUUUUGUACAGGUUUAAUUUCUCAUUUUAUACCUUGAUCCCGCCACAGCUGGUGAAGUGCCAUGGCCCCCUGCCACAGCAGUGGUUCAUUCGUAUACAUGUUGCAGGACUGGGGGCUUCAGUCUUACAUCACUUUGUAAAGAUCCAUAGGGAAAAAAACAACAAAUCUUGAUGAAUUUAAUUACUUCGGCAUUCUUGAGUAGAAAACAAGAAAAACCUAGCUGGUUCCUAUUUUGUCAGACAUACAAAAAAAUAACAUGGAAAAGUUAUAAAGUUUUUAAGAAUGAUAACUAUCAUGUGGAGACAUAAAGCUUAAUCGUUAUUUCUGUACUUUUAGAAGUCUGAUUCUGUGUUGUCAAAUAGUAUUGGACCAAUAGGGAACUGAGGGAACAGGGUUUCUUUCAUGGGCAAUGAGUCAUCUUUAUUUAUCCUACUGGCUGGUCUUAGCAGGAGCUGUUGCCUAGUUCUUGCCUUGAAGAUUUUAUGUCCUAAAUCUAAGAAUUUAAUAACUUGAAGUUAAAGGUAUGCCAUCUCCUUUUUCUCACUAUAUAAAAUGGACAAAUGAAGAAAGAGAUAGGAGGUUUUUAAAAGUAUGUUUGGCCUUUGCAAUCCAUGCAAGUAUUUUAGUAUGUGUUACAUUUUAUAUCUGGUCAGUGAAUUUUGCUGAUGCAUAUCUGCAUCAUAAUAGUGCUGCAUUUAAAAUCUAGACUGCUUGUUUUUUGGGUUUUUUUUUUUUUACAAACAAAGUGCAAGGAAAUUUGAAGCCUGAAUGGCUUCCCUCAUUUUAUCAAAAAAAAAGUAAAAUAUAAUUAGGCUAUAAGGAGGGCUGAAAUUUUAUGUAAAGCUAAAAGUUGCAUAGGUGAUUAAGCCCUUUAACAUUGAAACAGAAAUAAAUAGUUGGUGAAUUAUCAGUAUAGAAUGAAAAGCAAUUUGCUUUAAAAAUCAGAGUGCUUCUACAAAUCCAGUGCCUAAAGCAGCCACUACCGUAGAUUGUUAGUUUGUGAAAGUAACGUUUCCAGUGAUCAAAUAAACCAUUCAGAAAAUAGCAAAGUAGACAUUUUCCUGUUGAUGUGGUGGUUUGUGUUUUCCUUUUAAAAAUCUGUAGUUUCUAGAUUACUGUGUCUGCUUUGAGUCCUGGAGCAGUUUCUUUUUGAAGCUUUGGUGCAACUGCACAAGCUUGUUUAUAUUUGGUAUAAAGCAUCAAUUUUGAAGCUCCCUUCCUUCUGCCAAAAUGUAAUAAAGUUUGUUUUCUAAUAUUACAAUCUGAAGAGACCAAUUUAAAAACUCUGUGUAUAAAUCACUGUAAAAUAUACCUAGAGUGAAAUGGAAAUCUGUCUUUUUACCUUUAUGUAAAUUGUGCUCACCCAAAGUUAAGAGUUUAUUUUGCCUAACUUAAUUUACUUGAAUAUUUAUUUUGUAGAACAAGGAGGCAGCUGUCUGAGGAAUGUUUACUUUUUUUUUUUUUGGUUAAUGUUAAUUUGUAAAUUGUGUAAUGCAUUUUUAUUUUUUAAAUUAUGUAUAUUUCUUUUUCAAUGCACAAAAUGUUUACGUACAACUACUGCAAAUUUGUGUAUAUUGUCACUAAGCUUUAUUCAGUUAAUACAAAUGACAUGAAAAUGUAACAAGUCUUACAUUUUCAUCUGGGUUAUUUUUACAUAACUGAUGUAUUGCUGACA